AAGUCGUUCACGAUUACUUGUGCUCGUCUUUGAGGCUGACCUGGUGCAUCGACUCUUACCGCUCUUCCUAAAUGAUAUGUCUUAUGUAGAUGAGUACCCUGGACGAUGCAGAAGGCAUUGCCAGCCCUAAGGUCGAAGGAGCUCAGUCGCCGCGAAGCAGUACUUACCGUAACACUGACAUAUCUUUAAAUUUACAGCCCCCGUGCCUUUUGCGAACUUUGGAAGAAGUGUGUUGCAGGAUAAAUUCGUUAUAUGAAUGUUUGUGCAACGCCUCCUUGUGGCAGUGCGCAAACAAAGACGUUCUUAUACCCGCUUGGAGUGAAUUCCGGUGCUGGCCACUCGGAUAAAUGCACGCGUCUUGGGCGCGUAACAACGCGAUCUGUCCUUUCUCCGCCCCAACCAAUCCGUCAUGGCAGCCAACUCCUCAAUGCCCUUUUCAGCUCCGGUGGAAGCAUAUCCUCCAGAGCCUCGGAUGGACGAACUGGCUGGCCAUGCAGUAGGAUAUAUGUCGGCUCCUGUGUUUUUGAAAUCCGUCAUGACUUUGCACGAGCCUGUCCCUCCCGUCCCAACGUCGACGUACUUCAAGCAUGUUUUGGAGUACCCAAUGAUGUCAGAAGAGGUGUUAUCCAAUCCUAUAAUUCAGGCUAUACACAGGUUGCGCCUCAUUCCUGGAUUUUUCUUUGAGUUCAACUCGCAGUCACACUUCGAGACCUCCCCGACGCAUUUCUCCCCUCUUUGUUUGUUUCGACGUACGGGAGACUCCUCACAAACUGAUUGGGAGAAUCAAGAGCUCAUUAUCGACAUACACACCGGCAAUGAACAGGACCCUUUUCCAUAUGCGUGCGGCGGAGUCGGUUCACCUAAGCAUGCUGAAGGUCUCCAGUCACGAAUUCGACUCGUCUCCGCUGUAAAGGACCAGUUUUGCCGUCAACACCGCACUUUCCUCUAUACACUGUCUAUCUGUGGCUCUCGAAUUCGGUUCCUCCGCUGGGACCGUUCUGGGGUGUUGCUUUCAGAAUCGUUUGAUGUCUGCUCCUUUGAAUGUCUCUUGAUUGAAUUCUUCUGGAGAUUUGCUCACAUGUCCGAUACCGAGCGCGGUUUCGAUCCUACCGCUGUGCUCGCAAGUGAAGCUGAAGAUCAUAUCCUACGAAACGCCAUUCGCGACUACUGCCUCUCUGCCGUUGAAGGAAAGGUUCGCGCGCUCCCCAACAUGGAGAAGACGAUCUCGCCAGACUAUCCUACUUACAAAGUCCGGGUUGGUGUCAAAGUCUCCCCUCGGUACUUUCUCAUUCAACGGCCUUUCUUCUAUGCCACAUCUGGAAACGUCUGCAGUAGAGCCACUCGUGGAUAUGUUGCAUACGAUAUAGCAAGAGAAAAGUUAGUCUUCUUGAAGGAUGGAUGGCCUUCGAGAUUCCUCAAUUCCGAUUCAGAGGCGAAAAUCUAUCGGGAGCUUCGGCAGGCGGGCGUACCUUUCCUCCCUGACCUCCUGUGGGCGGGGAACGUGUAUACUGACGGAAAACUUCAACUAACGCCCAAUCAUGCGUGGUCAGUUUGCGAUGUGGAGUGGAAGCGAUCCGGUAAUGUUUUAAACGAGCGGUACCACCAUCGUGUGGUACAGGAAUUUGCAUUUCCACUGGAUACUGCGAGAUGUUCCCGUGAAGCUGCUCAAGCUGUUCGCGACGCUAUUGAAGCACUCGCUGAGGCUAAGAAAUGGUGUAAUCGACUACAUUGUGAUAUCAGCUCUGGAAACAUCAUGUUGUCAAAUGCAACCGAUCCCACUACUUGCGCAAGAGGAAAUCUCAACGAUUGGGACCAGAGUCGAAAACCGCACUCCAAGGUCACAAAAUACAAGCCCCGGACUGGUACUUUCCCUUUCUUGUCAAUUGCUCUAAGUGCAGACCCUUUCAAAGAAAAUGAGGUACACGACGAUUACGAAGCAUGCCUUUGGGUCCUCCUCUGCACCGCUCUCCAGAAUUUCAGACACAAUAACCCAAAUUACGACCUUCGUCUGUUCAAUGAGAAGGAUCCUUCAUAUGUCGAUGAAAAGGGGAAAGAACACCUUACUGGUGGAAGUCUCAAGUAUUUAUACCUCGACGAAGGCGACGAUGUUACCUUUGCUUGUCAACCACUGAAUACUCUCUUGAACGACCUCCGCUCUUAUUGGCUGGAUUAUUACCACUGUCGUGCGGGUUACACGAUUCCUCUUGGACCAACCGAAUUCGAAGAAUGGCAUCAGGCCCUGGGCGAAUAUCCCACCGAAUUGCUCGCGAUAUUCGAUACGGCGCUAGCUCGCACAGAUUGGCUCGAAAACGACUCAGUAUCGACUAACCUCAAACAUCUUCGAUCUCAAUAUGCGAAAGUGAAUAUCAGGGAAACGAGCGAAUCUCUAGAUACGAACCAACCUUCACAAUCGGACGCGGGUAGCCUGAAGCUAAGAAGGUUCAAUACAUUCAACGUUCGCUCACGUCCACUUUCAAGACUAUCUUUGAGGCGCGGGAAGAAGCGUAACGCAUCUGAGAGCUCGACGAACGCCGACACAGAUGGAAGAGAACGGAAAAAGGUUAGGAUGGGGUCGGUAUUUGCCAUCAACAAGGGGAAGAUGACGCAUGAUGAAAGUUGCGACCCAGACGAUCGCGUUGCGAAGCCUUGCCCCUCUCUAAAACGUCGCCUACAACGCUUUGUGUCGAAGGCCAAAUCAAAGGUCUCUGGUAUAUUUAUCGGCACUCACAGGUUGUCAGCUGUCUUGUAGACAUGAGGCUGCUCCUGAAUCCAUCUUUUACUUAUACAUCAACUCUUGUAGCGAUUGUGGUCUAUUUGAUCUUGCUGUUGUCUAAGAGCUCGUGGAGCCUACACGAUUUGUAUUUGUUCAGAUCAUCUCUUUGCCUGCACGCGGGUGCACAUGAGGGUGUUAGCUAAACGAAGAUGCAAGGACGUGAGCAACCGUACUUGUGCUCUACUUGAUAAUUCCAUAA